GUUGGUAGUGGUGUAAGAAGUGCUCCCCUACUAAACCCUGGUAUAAACGAUACCCUUUCCUGUACUGGUGGUGGAUAGUAUUUGUGACCAUGACGCGUUGCGACACCAUCGUUACCGCCACGCCAGCACAGGGGUGGCCAUAAAUUUGCGCUUGAGACUCAUUUGCCAAUGGAACUGGUUGCGAGUAAGAUCAAAGGAAGAGCGGUGGGCGAUUGCGCAGAUUUCGGGCCCCGCGUUAUUGUUUUCUAUUUGACUCAAGUCCCAUAAAGCCGAUAAGAAAGGGGUCGCAGGACUUCAAAGACUGUGAGGAGACAGAAUAGAAAGAGCGAUCCACCAGAUUUCGACCACAUGAUAAUAAAAAUACUGGACUAUUUGAAGUGGACUCUGUGUGAUGGGUGUUCGUAGUAAGCGAGUAUCACGUGACCGAGUUGUAAAUGUUGAUUAGCAUACGGAAGGGUCGCCGAGGUCGGAUGGUCGUCAUUCACAGAGUUUACUUGACGAAACGACGGAAGGGUUUAGAUUCGAGCGCCCAUACCUAACUAAUUUUCAACUGCUGUUAGAUACUGUAUGAUAUACAGCUAAAAAGGGAGCACCUAAUUCUUCGACCCGCGCUCUGCAAUAAAAAAUUAUUUCUGCAUUUGUGUUUUCUGGCCAGAAUGCAGAUCGGCAUGGAACAGGCUUGGCAAGCUCAACGCCCUACCGGAAUGGACAGUUGUGCUGCAGAAUAUAGAGGCAUUUCUGCCCCUAUGAACGGACUUUACGGAACAAGCAGUAGGCAACGGGCCUCAUGCAAUGCCAUGGUCAGUGUCGGUUCUUCAAACCCUGAACAACUUAGUGCUUUUCACUACUCCUACCCCAUGUAUAACUCACCCACCGAGUCAAGUUUGGCUGCAUCCAGUGCUGGAGACGAGCUGCCGCCGGGAGCCGCCGGGAGUGGGGUGUCUCCAGCGGCAGCCGCGGCGGCCUGGAAUAGCAGCGAAAUCCGUGGUGGGGCAGCGGCCGCCGCAGCCGCCGCCGCUCAUGGGGCAACACCUCGCCCCUACGCCAAUACAUUCGGCAAUACAUUUCUAACUCAUGCAGGAUCUCCUCCCCAUCACGCCCAUAUGGCACAUCAGCAGCAAUACAUGAGCAGCAACGCUUACGGCUCCCCGUACGGUCUCCACAACUCACCAUAUCCUCUUGAUAUGACAGGAGGCGCAUCAUCGUGUAGUCUUCUUGCAACCUUCACAACGACCCCUCGAAGAACGAAACGCCGUCCAUACUCCAAGUUACAGAUCUACGAACUAGAGAAGGAGUUCACAACUAACAUGUACUUGACCCGAGAUCGUCGCUCGAAGCUCUCACAGGCUCUCGACCUCACCGAACGCCAGGUCAAAAUCUGGUUCCAGAACAGGCGAAUGAAGAUGAAAAAACUGAACGACAAAGAAAAGACCCAAUCGACAAAGAAGAAGUCGGCUGAAGGCUCAUCGCAUACCUCAUCUACCACCUCAUCCACCUCAUCAACAUCGUCGACAUCGUCGGCUUCUACGAUGUCGCAAUCGAGUUCCUCACAGCAUCAACAGCAGCAGCAGCACCAUCACCAUCAACACAAUCACCACCACCAUAAUCACCACCCGUUACCCGUUGCGAUUAACACGUCACAUCCCUCAGUUGGUCAUCAACCACAGCUUCGAUGAAAGCACCGAUGUGGCAUCGACGUCGAAACAAAUAUAUCGGACAAUCUAUCUUUCUCUCUGCGCGUGUGUGUGUAUAUGUGUGUACAAGUGAGCUUAUUCAUAAGUAGCGGCACAAACUAUUUUUAAUCGUGCUGAUAUAGAAACAUUUUUGAGAUGUCCUGGAAGCAUCACCACUGCAAAUUAGUGGCUUUAGGGUUUAUAUCAUCUGAUUAAAUAAUCGUCAUAUCAUAUGAAUGAAACAAAUACAUGUAAUGGCAAGAACAGAUCCUGUUUAAUUAAAAGCGGGGAGACUUGCAUUAAUUAUUCCUAUCUUCAGCCAUCUUCUCAAUGGAUAAUUCAAGGUGUAUUCGUGCGUUUCUCUGAAGGAGUGGAAACGUGAAUACAGCGGACUUUGCCGUGUCCACUUGAAAGAAACUGGAUUUGACAAAGCGUUGAGUUGCGCCUGAUUUAUAAGUGUUGAUGAUAAUCAUUUCCAGCCAUCUUGGAUUUAUCCCAUUGUUAGUCACGUUUAAUGUAUCUACUUUUCACUUACGUUUCUUGAAAUUCGUAUUAUUCCACACACUAAAAAAAAAUGCUUUUAUGUUAAUUACUUUAUUUACUUGUACGAAGCUGUUGCCUUGGACAUGUCCGGUUAAAGAAGCGACCGUAUCUAAAUACAUCUUUCGGAUGAUAUGAAAGAGACUACAUUAUGAUUUUCUUUUUUUAAUCACCAAUGUCCUAUUUCUUCCUGGUCUCCUAAUAACACACUUCCUUUAUCUCUGCACUUUUGAGAAACCGACGUCUUUUAAAUGUGCCUUUCCAAUCUCAUCCCUCCCUUAGUGGCUUCUCUUCUGUUGUAGGCACGCUUUAUGGACUUAAAUUUGCACAAGUACAACAAUUGACAAAGUCCAGUCCAGAAAUAUGAUAAUUAUAACGAAAUAAUGCAUUUUCACUUGGUACAACUCUGCCGUUCAAAGAUGUUUUGCCUUUCUUCUUUCCGUGUUGAAUUAUCUGGACGCACAUCGUUAUAGAAUGCUUCUUUCUCGUGUCAACGCUGAACAUCUACCUAUAUGUUCAAUUCAGUUUGAAAUGAACAUUUUUUUCCCCAGUAUUAUUUUUCACAUCUUACAAACAACUUUCAGAUAACAAUAAUAUAGUGUUUAAAGAGUAACAUAAGCACAAUUCAAGAACAUGUUAAUACGGGGGGGGGGGGGGUAAAUAUAUUGAAGGAAGAGUUUGUGUCGGUUACGUCUGAGUAUUUUGUUCUUCCUCCUUUCAUCACCCUGUUUAAGGGUUAUAAAGCAAUUAACUCAUUCUAAGAAUAAACUUUCAUGUCGUGAAAGAAACCGUUAUUUGAAUAAAAAUGCGAAUAGAUAACUUUUAUUUUAUCGAGCAUUUGUUCGAUUUAUUUCUUCUCCAUGUAAUACAAUGUUUAUAUUUCCUCAACGAAUAUGACCUUAAGUGAAUUUGAAGUCUUAACUUCAUGCUUGGAUCAGUCCGGUAUUUAAAACAAAUCUCGAAUCUACUCUCCUAUAUGACGUAAUAUGAAAUAAAUGAAUAGAUUAUGUUGUUUUCAAGUAUUCAUUUGAUAUAGAUAUUUGCAAUACCGUGCUAUAUCCAAUACUUUCUCUUAUAGCAGUUUAUCCUUUUGGAAGUAAUGUGUAUUUUUACCUAUAACAAUGGUAAUACGCUUAGGUUGCAGGUCAAUAUUUUCUUCAAUAUGUAUCUGCAUUUGGAUGCACGUCAGGUGGUUUUUAUUCAAUCGAGUGGAGAAUCAAUGAGUUUUGGGAAUAAAUAUGCAGGAAAUACAAAUGACAGAGACAUAAUGAUUUAAUCAAUUAAUUGAAUUUGUUUAAUGUAUUGAAUUGUCAAUAUUCUACUCGCAAUUGUUCUUUUGAAGGAAAAUGGAAAGGAGGUGAUAUAAUACGAAAUAUUUUAACCCAUGGGUCAAUUAUAUUCACUAGCCACUGUGGAUAAUUGAUUCUUUUUAAAACUAUUUUUCUCUAUGAGUGUGUCAAGGAUGUGAUGAUGUUGUAUUUUAAUAUCCUUGAAUGUGACUUUUAACAAAAUCAGUAAUUAUUAAUAGUGUGUAUUUUCUCAAUGAUGUCAUGGAAACUGAAUAUACCUCAUUCUUAAAUCUCUAUUGUUUUUUUGUUUUUUCAUUGAAGUUCACCAGAUAUUUAGACGAAUUGCCAAACUUGUCACAAUUAGAUUUAUAUCUGUAUGUAUAAAUAACAAAAUUAAUUUAAAUUUGCCAGUUUUUCAAGCGUUUAUAGACGCAUUUUUUGACGAAUGAUAUGAAAUUGCUGCACGCAUAUUGUAAUGAAAUGGAUGUACACAAAUAUUACGACAACAGGAACAUUUUGUUGUGGUAUGGUUAAGAAAAGAACGAUUUGCUAAGGGUAGUUCUUUACACAACAUUGCAUUGAUUUAAACAGAAUAACUGUUAACAAGAAAACGAAAGUACACGAUGUGCCAUUAUCAUUUCUUAAAUGUUUCCCUGUUUGAAAAAAAUAUAUAUAGAUGUGUGUAAAUAGUAGUUCCUUGUUUAACUGUAUCGUGUUUUUUGAAAAGGGUCGUUUUUGUGAUUUUUGAGACAGAUAAUCCCACAAAUAUUCUGAUAGAACCGACUAAUCUGCCUAAAGGCAAUGGUGAUGACCUUAGUAGUACUACACAAUAGGUGUCCGUCACAGACCAGUCGAAUGGCUUUUCAUUUUGUCACCGAAUCUAUAGAAGUAUUUACCAAAGACCAAGCAAAUAAACACGUCCAUAUGAACUUGAAGGGUAACCCUA